AUGCAGCUACGCUCAUCCUAUGUGUCCAUUACCCGUGAUGUCGAGACAACUUCGGGAUGCGGGCAAGAAAAGGUGGGUACAGCACCUACGUCCCAAACAGGGAGUGGGGAACUGGAGCGCUCUCGCAUUGGUCAAUUUGCUCAACAGAUGUGUAGCGCUCACUGUGUUUUACCUGAUACUAGUAGUCAGUGCAGGUGGGAUUCUCGGCGAAUUUCCGAUGAUUAUGGAAAACACUCUGCAACUCUCCGCCUCAUGAUGUACAAGCUAAAAGAGCAUCAUUACACACAGCAGCCUGAUGACGCUGGAUCCGAUAAAAGCUAUACCAUCCCUGCGCUCCCAUUGGGCGUCGACAUUACAUUCCGUACACCUAUGCAUAAAAGUCUAUUUUUGCUUAAUAAAACCACAGAUACAUCGUCUAAAAAUAAAUGCUCUUAUAGAUGUUUUGAUUUCCUGAUGCAUGACAAACGCCAGUGCAAGUUGAGGGCGGCACUUCCACUACUCUUAGGCGCUUCCCAUCUUGUAAGCGGAUUGGAACUAAUCCAUAACUUUCCGCUCCUACGGGGCGGUGUGACGGAAUCUCUUGCUGACAAUCUUGCAUGCCUAAUGUCUAACUUAGACGCACUCUUAUUAUACAUAGCAAGGCUAGCGUCCCACCCGCCGCGUGUCCCCGAAGGCAACAAGCUCGUGGACCAGAUGUCAUCAACGUUGAAACUAGAUACUUUCGACCUCAUUGAGGAGAUAAUUCACGAUUUGAGGGGAAGCGAGUACUUUGCAAAUGCAAGCUUAGCCUGUAGCUCGCCUACUUGUGUUGUACAAGAUCCAUACAUCUCAACGAAUGGUUUUUCCGGGCCAUGUUUAAAAGGCUUCUUUCCACAGGGGGCAGAGCAGUCGAAUGGUAUGGAUUUUGCAAUAGCACAGGGCCCAUAUACGACGGAAAGCGACUUUCAUGACGAAGGCGCAAGCUGCACAAUGUGUCAUGCAGACCAAUCCCCACGUCCGUUGAGUAGCACAGGUGGCCUUGCUUCGAGCAUGCCUGAGGGUUGUCUUUCUUACCUAAAUGAUGUACAAUUAUUCAUGAACCGUGGCUUGCCAGGUGGACGUGUAGUAUAUACUGGAUGGACCGGAAGUACCCCACUUGGUGCUGAUAAGACCUUGUUGAACCGUGGGAAAUUUUAAUACGGGUUAGUGUAUCUGUUUAACAACGCAAUUUAUCCCUUUCUGGAAAAAGAGUCGCAUCCGUCUGAACAGCAACGCGUGCUAGCAAUGUUUUAUUAUCUGAAGGGCAUCGGCACAGCUUUGGUGAACCCGAUGCUUUUUCAUUUCAUGGCAUAA